AUGUUCCCCGACACUGAAGUGUCCUUGAUGCAGCGUGCCAAGCUGCGAGCCUUGUGGUCGUCGCUGCAGCGACGAGGCAAUGCAGAGACUACCCCUGCAGAACCGUUGGGUUCCCCGGCCAAACAAGGCUCGGGCUGGUCUGAAGCCUUCGCCCCGAAGCUUGAUGCUUCACGUGUGGCCACGCUUAAAAAACGGUUCUUGGAAGCCUUCCCCUCCGAAAUCUUGACUGCCAUGAAUACCCCAUCACUUCGCCUCCUGAGCACUGCAGUGGACGCUGAGGUUAAGCGGAGCUGGUCCUGGAUUCCCUGGAAGAGCCGCAUGACACAACAGAUGUAUGAGGACUCCCUCAUGCAGAAGCUUGCAAAAAGGGCCAGAAUUGAGACCCUUCAGCUUUCAGACCUCUUGCUUGACGAACCGCCGCAAAUCGACAUCAACGAUUCCACAAUGGGGAUUUCGAUGAUCCGCAGGCUCUUGGAGGUGCAUGAUAACGCCUUCGCUCUUGCCGGUACCGCGCACCUCGCGCGCCUUAAAGCUUACACUUCUAAGUUCUUGAGCCUGGUGUCGCAGAAGUUCCCGCCUGAAACCAACCUUCGGCCUCCUUCUGUGCUUGAUGCUCAACAGGCGGACAAGCACCUUUGGUCGUGCAUCUUUCAGUUAGUGAUCGAGAAAGAGUGGCAGGUGAACGAUGCUAUCUUAUCUACGAGUUCACAGAGAUCCGCGGCGACAUGUCAUCAUGGCUGCAGCCUCGUGCCAAAGCGGCUUCCUCCAGCAAUCGUAGGCCGUACACGCCGGGUGGCCGCGAUAACCGCCCACCCGCCCCGCCGCCAGGUCGUGGCCCCGGCAAGGGCAAGGGGGAAAACCAAGAACCCCACCAAGCAGGGCACCCAGCCAAAGGGCGUUCAGUGGGUUCGUGAGUUCAAGGAGGGCAGCCAGGUGAAAAAAUUGUGCAUAGGGUGGCAGAUCGGGAAAUGCCAGCGUGGCAAGUCCUGUGAGUUCACGCAUGGCUGCCCCAAGCCUGAUGGCUCACCCUGCCUUAGCAAGGACCACGGUGCACCGACCAUGCGCUCGGCUCGCCACCACGGGGGGAUGACGAGCCAAUCCACAGCUGGGGCCCUUCGGGUCGCACACUUGUAUUUUCCAAUUUUUGUGGGCCGGAAAUGGAAGGCCUCUUCGAUUGCAUACUAUGCUCACUGCGGGAAGCCCCGUGGCCCCAACAGGUUCGCCGCGCUCACAUCAUGCAUUUCGGGCGCCUCUUCGGACUCACCUCGUGGCUUACGGAAAGCCUUGCUGCAGUUCUGCAUCUCCAUUCGUGCCGAUACGCGCUUGCUGGCCAGAGGCUCAUGCCCGUCGCCUGAGCCGCUCUUCAGCUCCACCGAAGUGUCCGCAGCUGGAGAUCUGGUCUUUCCUUCCUUGGGUUUGCAGACCCCAGACAACGCCUGGUAUGUGCAUCCAUACCAGCCCAUGUGCUUGCAUGCAUUUGAGGCCCUGGCCCAGCACUGCGAGGAUCAGGACACUCAUUUGUUUCCUCAUUUGCGGAUGGGAGUACCGACGGGAUACUUGAACGAUAUCCCCCCGUCAAAUUGCUUCUGGCUUCCCAAAGGCCAAUCCGGGGAGCUGACACCGCUUACGCUCAAUCUUGAAAACUGGAAGUCAGCUGAGGUGGCUCCGGAUGUCACAUCGCGCCUGCUCCAGGAGGAGUUAGACGCGGGCUACUGCUUUAAGUUUGAGGGUACACUCGAGGAAGCGAAAAGUAGAUGGCCCGUCGGCCUUGCACUUGGAAAACUUGGUGUGGUCAGGGCGGCGGGGAGGGCCGAACGGCUCGUCCUGGACAACAGUGUAGCUGGGACAAACUCUCAGUGUUCAGUGCCGGAGCGCCAAUGCUUCCCGAGCAUACAUACAUGA